GCGCUGCCUCGGGCCCAGAUGCUAAAGCUGGGGAGAAGAGGGAGCCGGCUGGCGGGGGCUGCGACAGACAGGCGCCGGAGCAGGAGCGGCGUCAAGUGCAGCUCCGACGCACGGACUGGCCUAUUUACAUUUCACCCUUUCUUCCAUCUGUAUCCAGUUGUCUUCAGCAUGGAGGAGCCUAACCACUCUUCCAGAAAGGAGCUUCAGCACAGGAUACGAGCAGAGUCUCCAGGAAUGAAAAGCUGGCACUCCCAGGCCUAUGCCCUUGGGGCCAUUUCCAACUUCAUGUCUACUUUUCUGACCUUUCCCAUCUAUAAGGUUGUGUUCCGGCAACAGAUCCAUGCUAUGGCAAUGUCAGAAGCUGUAAGACAGCUUUGGCAUGAAGGUCCUCAGUACUUCUACCGGGGAAUCUAUCCCCCUCUCCUCUCCAAGACAUUGCAAGGGACUCUACUGUUUGGGACUUAUGAUAGCCUGUUGUGCUGUCUCUCCCCUGUUGGGCCACACUCCCUGGGACACCGCUGGGCUGCAGGGCUCAUGUCUGGUGUGGUGGAGGCUGUGGCACUCAGUCCCUUUGAAAGGGUGCAAAACGUGCUCCAGGAUGGUCGCAAGCAAGCUCGCUUCCCUAGCACCUUCAGCAUUCUCAAGGAAUUUAACUCUUAUGGGUUUUGGGGGCGGAUGUCACUGGGCUACUAUCGUGGUUUCUGGCCUGUCCUUGUCAGGAACAGCCUGGGGAGUGCUUUAUAUUUUUCUUUCAAGGACCCCAUCCAGGAGGGGUUGGCAGAGCAAGGCCUGCCCCACUGGGUUCCUCCCUUGGUGUCUGGUAGUGUCAAUGGAACAAUCACAUGCCUAGUUCUGUAUCCUCUGAUUGUGCUGGUUGCCAAUAUGCAGUCCCAUAUUGGCUGGCAGAGCAUGCCAAGUCUCUGGGCCUCUGCCAAGGAUUUGUGGGACACUCGAGGCCGAAAAUUGUUCCUGAUCUACCGUGGAGGAUCCCUGGUCAUCCUAAGAUCCAGUGUGACGUGGGGCCUCACUACGGCAAUCCAUGACUUCCUGCAGAGAAAGUCUCGCUCCAGGAAAGAGCUGAAGACUGACUAGCUGCAGAAAGUAUGUCCAUGGCAUCUUUGUCAUUUUAAACCUUACCUGGCUUACUUCUUUGGCUUGGCUACCUAAUACAGCCAUUCUUUAGAAUCUAUAACCUCAUUGCAUGGGAGAAGUUCCCAACUACCGGCCUGUUGGGCACAGACAAAGCCCAAUAGGAUUCCUUAUCAGAAAGGAAAAGUCAUGCCAGUCUUUCCACAGCUUCAGUAGCUUCAGAGCUAAGAGGCCUUUAAAUAACUUGUAACCCAGAUUAAGUGUCAUUCCUUUAAGGAAUUUUUUAACAAUAAGAGGAAACCUUACUCAGGCACUAUGAGUUCUGGGACCCCUCCAGGUGUCCUCCAUAGCAAACUGAAUGGUACUUCAAUUUCAAAGAUCUGUGAUUGAUGCUUAAGAUGGGGAUUCCAUAAAAUUUCUCAGAUGGCUACAUUAUCCUGACAUUGUUCACUGCCUGCACCACCACUCUCACUUCUCAAGGGUGUAGAUCCUAGUUUCAGGGUGGCAGUUGUGGCUAGAAAUCCUAACUUAGUCAUGCCUGUACUUACUAGAUGCCAUGAGAACUGGUGGGGCUGGAGAUGGGAGUGAGAAGAGGUGUUGUCCCUGUAUGAAGAGAAUAAAGUCUUUGAUGGAAGAGAUUUAAUUACAUGCAACAUAGAAAAAUUUACUAUAGGUUGUUUAGUGUAUCUGCUGGGAUAUUUUUGAUAGCAAGGUGAUAACACUGCCUGGAAACCACUUGAGUUUCCCUAAGAAAUCUGGAAAUGAAGUGACCAUAUCUCUUCACAAAUAAUUGCAUGUUUUAUUGAUGUGGAUAAAUAUAGUCACUGAGACAUAAAAAUCAGAAAUCUCAGCCUGUCAUUCAAAGCCAUUUAAAAUAUGAACCUCAUAUAACUGUUAACAUGCCAUUCCCACUUACAUAGACCCCGUAUACCAGCAAAAUGAACUAUUUGUUCUCUCCCCAAACAUCCCAUGGACGUUGUUUGGGCCACACUGUUUCCUCCACCUUCAGUGUUCCUUCUGCACAUGCCAGUUUGCCAAAAUCCCCCCAGUUCCUCAAAGCCCAGAUCACAUGCCAUCUUUUCUAUGAAGCCUCUUCUAAUUUCCCCAACUAAAUGUGACAUGAGUCUCUUGUGAUCCCCUUUUCGAAAGCAUGGUACUGACAUCAUUAUGUCACUGAUCUCACGUGGCCCUGUGUUCUUAAUACUUCCUACUAGACUAUAAAACUUCUUGAAAGCAGGGAUUCUUGUAUGCAUUUUAAAAUCCUCCAUUGUGCCUAGGUGCUCAAAAAUGUUGGUUGAAUUAUUGAAUUGAUUAUCAAGCUGUGAUAUGGUCUAUAUCCUCAGGGUGCUGUCCCUUGUACGUGAUGAUAAUGUUAUUGACUCAUUUCAGCAAGACACAUGCCUCUGGGGUAUGGUUUUGUUUUCUUUUAAUAGUGGAUUUAGUUUUGUGCUAAUGAUAAUGAUGCUGCUAA